AUGAUCAGAACGGUCUCGUUCUCCCCGGAUGGAACUCGCAUUGUUUCUGGUUCAGACGAUCAGACUAUCCGACUGUGGGAUGCAGGAACAGGGCAGCCAGUUGGUGAGCCCUUGAAGGGGCAUACUGGUUUGAUCAGAACAGUCUCGUUCUCCCCAGAUGGAACUCGCAUCGUUUCUGGUUCGGACGAUCAGACUAUCCGACUGUGGGAUGCAGGGACGGGGAAGUCAGUUGGUAAGCCCUUGGAGGGGCACACUAGUUGGAUCACAUCAGUCUUGUUCUCCCCAGAUGGGAAUCGCAUCAUUUCUUGUUCACGGGAUGGGACCGUCCGGGUCUGGUAUGCAGUGAUUGAAGAUUCAUUGCAGGACCACGCCGAAGAAGACCAUUCACCAUCUUCCCCACGCAUCAGACAUCUAACAGCGGCCAUUUCCACGCCCAACACUGCGAAUGAUGACUUCAUCUCCUUCUCAUCCGACUCAACUCAUGCACUGCGCAACACCACUGAGCUACUCGCAUGCACCCCCCAUGAUGAUCGCAGAUCGACGUUUGCUCUUCUUGGAGAUGAUGGAUGGAUGAUGGGACCCAAUCGUCGGCUCUUAUUCUGGGUACCACAUGCUUCUCGAGAACUAUUUUAUAAUCCAUGGACUGCAUUGGUUAUACCCGGAGGUGGUGUUGAACUUGAUUUGAGUCGUAUGGCGCAUGGGACACGCUGGAAGCACUGCUACGAGUGA